GUAAGUUCCUACUCCCCAGUCAGCCAAAUCGGCGAAAAACUUCGCUGCCUCUGAUCUGAAGAGUGCUUUUCCAUUCGAAGAUCCAAGUUUACGCAAAAUUUUUUUUUGCGUAAUGAAAAUAUAUCUGACUAAAAGAGAUGAGAGUCCCAAAGUCAGAAGAAUGUGUGAAGAUGCUUUUUAUUAUUACCUGGAGUAUCCUGGGGGUGGCAGCAAUGCCUAGGUGUGACCCCGAGGAAAACGUUUAUUACCAUCGACAGGCUGACAGGUGCUUUCCUUGUGACCGAUGCUACAAAGGGGAGGAACCUAUACCUUUAGAGAUAUGGAAAUUUAUCUGGGACCUUGACACAGGACCCACUGAAUGUAGACCUUGUCGGAAAUGUCGACCGGGAAUGUUCAGUGAUACACGGUCCUAUAAUACAUGUCAGCCAUGCAAGAACUGUACACUGUUCAAUCAGUAUGAGAUUAGCCAGUGUACAAACAAGCACAACACGGUUUGCGAUGGAGUUAAACCAACUACAUCUAAAAGACCUAACCCAAAACCAGAGGGCAGCCAUGAAAAAAGUGAUGAUGGAUUAGCUUCGGUGUACAUCGCAGGAAUGACUUGUGCAACAAUUUUCGGUGUAGUGGUCGUGGUGAUGGUCUGUUUUUGUAUAAAGCAAAGACUAUACAAGCAUUGCAAGAGAAAGGAAAAUGGCAGCAGACAGGGAGGACUGCAGGCUUCAACAGAAAACCAAUUAAAUGGGCACAUUAUUAACAUUCCAUCAGAGGAAGACAGUGAUGAUUCACUUCCCCUUCUCCAACAGGAUCUGUCUACGACACAUUCCAUCAUAGAGCUUGAAGAAACGGGGCCACCUUUAGAAAUAGAUUCCAUUUUAGCAACCAGUUCUAAGGAAUUAAAUGUAUGCAUGGAUGGACCUCUGUCUCUCUCUGAAGACCACCCUCCUCCUACGGCAGCAGCUAGUUCUGGAAAUCUUGUCAGGUUUGAAAGACGGGAGUCUGGGAAUUUGGCAGCAAUGUCUACAGGUGGCAGCACUGAUGGUGAGGCAGACCAAGAGGUGAUGGAAAUGGGUGGAGCUACCAAUACAUGUACCUUCUCAGGAAAAAUUAAGUUUGAUAGGCAGUGGUCCUACCCGUUCGAUGAGAAAGAGGAGAGAGAUUACAAGUCUACUACUUCAAACUCCAUGCCGAUCAGUGAAAAAGUUUCUAAAGAUGACUUAUCUGUUGGAGACAGGAGCAGGAAGGGAAACAAGGUUCUUGGGGAGAAAUUCCUGCGCAGUGCUUCAAAACACCUGGUGAAAGACAGACUGUACAUCCAUAUAGCUCGAGAAUGUGGGCUAGAUGAGGCAGACAUUGAGAUUGUAAAAUUUGAUCACCAGCAUGAAUCCGUCCAAGAGAUCUCUUACCAGAUGCUGCUACGCCUUGUGAGGAAGCGAGGUGUUACGCAAGAUGUGUUCCUCAAAGUUUUGAGGAAACAUGACCAUCUAGCUUUAGAGAAAGUUUUACCACUGCUUUGUCUCCAGAUGAUGGAGGGGAGAACUCCUAAAUGUGACCCUGAGGACAACAUGUACUAUCAUUCCCAGGCCCUCGCCUGUUUUCAGUGUGAGGUAUGCCUAAAAGGGGAUGAAGUCAUACCUAUGGAGCAAUGGAAUUUGAGAAACUGGAAUCCCCAAACUGGACCCACCGAAUGCAGACCUUGUCAGAAAUGUAGACCUGGCACUUUCAGUAAAGGUCGAUCCUAUGAAUGUACAGUUUGUAGGAACUGUACACUCCAUGGUCAAUACGAGACUGCCCCAUGUACACACCUGAAGGAUACAGUGUGUGAUGGAGUCUUGCCCCUUGCAGAAAAUAUAGAAAAUCCUAAGUCUGUGAAUUCAGGAGGGAGAACAAAUGCUGAAAGUAAAGGUGAUGAAAAUGGCAAUAGUCUGAACUUCAUCAUUAUUGCUGGACUAAUAUGUCUUACCAUUAUCAUAAUUGUGUCUCUUCUGAUCAUUUAUCUGCGCAAAGGAAAAUGCUUUAUAUGCACAGAUAAAGUUUAUAGUCUAAGAGCUAUGGAUAAUAAAGCAGGAACAGAUUUACAGAACAGUUCAAGCCAGAGUUUAAAGGAGAUGAACAGUAGCAGUGAUCAUACAGUUAUUGAAAUGUCACCCAAUGAUGAGGAAAUAUCCCCACUUCUGGAAUCAACUAAUUCACUGGCCUCGGAUUCAGAUGCUCUUAAUUCCACCAUACCCCAGUGUGUACUCUUGAGGGAGUCUCAAGAAAGUUUAUGUGUGGAUGGCAGCAAUAAUCAAGACCAUUGCAACCAAAGCCAAGAGGCGUCUAAUUUCCCUAUUCAGGAGACACAAGAAUCCUCUAGUUUGAACAGUUUAGAUUUAAAAUCAAAGACAUUCCAUGAGUCACUGGAAAGUCUGUCCAUUCAGGACUGCCCUCAGGUCGACAAUUCAGACCAAGAGGAGAGUCCAGCAUAUGAAUCAGAUGAAGGCAGCAAUCACAGAGAAAGCUUUGCCAGAAUGAUCCAAUAUGAACGCCAGUGGUCAUAUCCACUGGAUGGGAAGAGAGAGAGGGAUUAUUUCAUGCAUAAAGCCCUCGGUCCCAUUCUAAAUUCUGUGAAGGAAUCAAAUACGGAUGUGACUGUAUUCUCUAAGGAUACUAAAAAUGGUAGAGAAAAGUUGACAGAAAGAGAUCUUUGGGAGGCUUCUAAAUACCUGAUUCCAGACAAACUUUACAUCAGUGUCGUCAGGGAACUAGGACUUCCUGAAAUAGAUAUACAGGCAGUAGACAUAGACUAUAAGGGAGAAUCUGUCAAAGAAAAAGCUUACCAGACCCUACUGCAAUUGAGAAAAAAGAUAGGAUGCAUAACAAGAGACACCUUCAAGAAUGCUGUCACAAAAUAUGAUCAAGAGGCUUGGAAUAACAUUGAACAAAGUUGUCAUUAAAGCAGACAAAGGUGUGCAAUGAAAUUUUAUUAUAGAAAGGUGCCUUUUCACUUAAAAAAGUUUUUGCAUUUAUGAUGUAAAACUUCAAUUUGGCAAUAUAAACUUGAAUUCAUAUUUACAAAAUUUAGAGAUAAUUAGGAUAGAAUGUCUGCAUUACAAUGUCAAAA